AUGAGCUUGGCACGGUCGUCUAUCUCCAAGGACGAGCAUGCUUUUCAGACGGAGGACGAGCUUGAAGAGGCAGUGUAUAAGAAGAGAGGAAUUUUCAAGCACAUCAAGAUCGCAAGGAGCGAAUGGCCGCGGGUGCUAUAUCUAUCUGGCCUUUUCGGAGUAAUAACGAUGGUUCAUACUAUAAUGGGAAACAUGAGGGAGAUGGUGGUGAUGGGCAGGCAGGAUCCAAUGUCGAUCUUCUUCAUCAAGUCGAUCUUUCUGCCGCCGUUUUCAAUUUUCUUUGUGUGGAUGAUACAGAUAGGCCUUGACCGCUUUACACCGUCGAAAGUGUUUGAUAUUGUUCUGAUGUGUUUUUCUGGAUGCUAUGUGGUGUUUGGGCUGGGAUUGUGGCCGUUAAAGCACUUGAUCCAAAUGGACCUGUACUGGGCAAGAGACAUGUUUGGAGACGGGAAGAUGGAGUCGAUAAGGUCGCACUUUUUGUUUCCGGUUUUUCUUGCACUCAACGAAUGGACAUCGUCACUGUUUUUUAUGUGUUCUGAAAUGUGGGGCGCACUGGUUGCGUCGUAUCUGUUCCACAUGUUUUCGAACGAGGUGUCGACAGGUAAGCAGACGCAGAGAUACAUAUCUGUGUACAAUGUGUCGAAUGCACUGUCGAUUUUUUGCUCAGCCAUACUUACGCUUGUGUUUAACAAGUGGAGGGACGGCGUGACGUUUGAAGUCAAGGAGAUUGGAUUCAAGAUCCUUGUGCUGGUGUCGGCAGCUAUUAUUCUUGGGAUACUAAUGAUGAAGAAGUACAUGGAGAAAGCGAUCCUGCCGGUGCCAGUGUUCGCAACCAUGGAGAUCAAGAGCGCAAAUGUGAUGCACAAAAGGACGUCUAAGAAGGAUACAGGAAGCGGCAUGCUGAGCUCGAAGGUUUUAAUUGCCAUAUCACUGACGGUACUAUUCUACGGAAUAGCAUCGACUCUAUGCGAUGCAACAUUCAAGAAUGGGCUUGCAGCUAGCUCUAAGUAUGGAAACAAGUCAAGAGAGACGCUCUCGAACUUCUAUAACGGAAUGGAGCAGCUGAUAAUUUCCAUAUCGCUACUGAUCGUAGUGAACAGCCCAUACUCGUCACUGAUCAAGAAGGGAGGAUGGAUAUAUGUGGCAGGCAUGCCUGUGGCGGCAGCAGCAUUUUCGCUGUUUUCGAUUUUCUUGAUUGCAUUCUACAACGUAGGAGCAACACAGAGCGGAAAUAUUGUGUUUGGAUCGCUUUUCAACGGAUGGACACCUCUUCUGGCAUUUGAGAAUGGCAUGGGCAUGCUUUCGAUAGCGAUUUUUAGGCUGGGGAAGUACAUUGGAUCUGAUGUGUCGAAAGAAGCAAUAUCGAUGCAGCUAGAUCCUCGGUACAGGGCAAAGUACAAGGCGGUGUAUGAUGGGCUCUGCGGAAAGCUGGGAAAGUCGAUGGGGUCGAUCAUAUGCAUGGCAAUGACGGGGAUAUGGGACACAACGGAUGUUCGGAAGAUGUCGAGUGUGUCGGCACUGAUGAUGGUUGUUAUAAUUGGCCUUUGGGUGGUUCUGAUAAGAUUUUUGAGCAAGAAGUACCAAGAUGCAACAAGUAGUAAUAAGUACAUUGUGGUUGAUGAAAUAAAAUAA